AUGCGCAAUCCACCGCCAGAGGUGAUGGCCUCAUGGCCCCCGCCAAACUAUGUCAACCCUGUUCACCGUGGGCCUACACUGCUCAUUGUCGAGGUCACUAUCAUGUCUGUGGCCAUUCUGACACUCAUGGCCCGUUUGUACGUCCGCAUAUUCAAGGUCAACAAGCAUGGACUCGACGACUGGCUGAUGCUGGCUGCCAUGGUGUUUGGUAUUGGUGUCACUGUCUGUGUCAUUCUUGCAGCUCAGCUCUACGGCUGGAAUAUCCAUGUCUGGGAUCUCAAGAAGUCUCAGGCGGAAAAUGGUCGAAAGGUUUCACUCGCUGCUCAGACACUCUUUCUAUUUUCCUCGGGCCUGGCAAAGAACUCUAUCCUCGUCUCGUAUCUCCGUAUUGCUCCGGCCAAAUCUUGGCUUCGUCGUUUGACUUAUGCCUCACUGAUUCUUGUCACCUCACUCAUCUUCAUUUUCCUUAUUGUACUUUGGACACAAUGCAACCCAACCUCUGCAUACUGGAAGCUGGACGGAGGUGAUAGUUGCCGUCCCGAAGGACCCAGUGUACUGAGCCAAGCCAUUACCACUGUCAUCACUGAUCUCCUUGUCUGCGCCCUCCCUCUACAAACGCUCUUUCACCUAAAACUACCUUUCUCCCAACGAAUGGCCCUCAUUGUCGUCUUCUCUCUCGGCCUCAUCGUCGUCUUCGCAGCUUCUAUGCGCGCAUACUACACCCAUUAUGUUACCGAUGAAACCUACGAUGUCACCUGGCAGGGCUUCCACCUUUGGAUCUGGACAGCCGUAGAAGCCAACCUUGGAGUUAUCUGCGGCAGCAUACCGGCACUUCGACCCCUAUUCCGAAACAUGUUCCGAUCUAAGAGCAGCAGCUACUACAACAAGACGAACUCUCACGCUUACCCACCCGGCACAGCUCCAGGAGUUGUCACAGUCGUCACCAGCCCCAAGAAGAACUCCCGAAACUGGGCCGAUAGUUUACAACGAAGCUCGAAAGGAGUCAGGAUACAAGACGACCAUAUCGAUAUCGAAGGGGGAUACAACGAUGCUAGACGACAAAAGAGCUCAGAUAGUGGAGCGUCGUCACUCGAGAUGGACACGUGGCCACCAAGACCACAACCUAGAUCUUGGCCUACAAAUUGA